CCAUUUCUCUCUUCUUCCCUAAAACCCAAAACCCCCAAAUCACAGCCACUGACCAUACACACCAAAGAAAGCCAUUUCCAUUUCCAUUUCCAUGGGGACAGCAGUAGCAGCCAAGGCUCUGUCCUUCUCUCUUCUCUCUCUACCCAAACGCCUCUCCUUCACCCGCCCACUCUACUACCCGCAGCCGCCGCUGCUGCUGCGUUCCCGUCACCGCGCAGGUUUCCCCAAAUUCAGGCCGCUAUGCACCGCCGCAGAACCGGCCGUCGAUGAAAUUACGGCACUGGAACCCUUGAAACAUUCGAUUCUACUGGAAAGGCUUCGGCAGAGGCACUUGAAAGAGUCCUCCCAAACGCCGAACACCACAUCCCCAUUCAGCCUUCCGAAGAAGGCCAAGUAUGGCGAAAUCGAGGGUUCGAGGAAGAAGAACAAGGCCUCUGUGUCGGCGGAUAGCUUUGAGGAGUUAGGUCUGAGUGAGGAGGUGAUGGAGGCCUUGAGAGAGAUGGCAAUUUCGUCCCCAACUGAGAUUCAGUCCAUUGGCAUCCCCGCAGUCCUCCAAGGAAAGAGUGUGGUGUUGGGAUCUCACACUGGCUCUGGCAAGACUCUGGCUUACCUAUUGCCUCUUGUGCAGCUGCUGCGAAGGGAUGAGGAGCUCCAUGGUAUGCUGAUGAAACCGAGACGGCCUCGAGCUGUUGUAUUAUGCCCGACUCGGGAGCUUUGUGAGCAGGUGUUCCGUGUCGCCAAGUCGAUCAGCCACCAUGCACGGUUCAGAUCGACCAUGGUUAGCGGCGGCGGUCGGUUAAGACCCCAAGAAGAUUCCUUGAACACCCCGAUCGACAUGGUUGUGGGGACUCCGGGUCGAGUUCUGCAACAUAUAGAAGAAGGGAACUUUGUUUACGGUGACAUUCGAUACUUGGUCUUGGAUGAGGCGGACACCAUGUUCGAUCACGGAUUCGGCCCCGACAUCCGUAAGUUUCUUGGACCGUUGAAAAACCGUGCAUCUAAAUCCGAUGGUCUUGGAUUUCAGACGGUAUUAGUCACUGCAACAAUGACAAAGGCAGUGCAGAAGCUGGUCGACGAGGAAUUUCAAGGUAUUGCACAUUUGCGUACUUCUACACUCCAUAAGAAGAUCGCAUCGGCUCGUCACGAUUUUAUCAAACUUGCGGGUUCGGAAAAUAAGCUGGAGGCCUUAUUGCAGGUUCUCGAGCCGAGCCUGGCUAAGGGAAACCGAAUAAUGGUAUUCUGCAACACGCUGAACUCCAGUCGAGCUGUCGAUCACUUUCUCAACGAAAACCAAAUCUCUACUGUGAAUUACCACGGCGAAGUGCCGGCAGAACAAAGAGUCGAGAACCUGGAAAGAUUCAAGAGCGACGACGGAGAUUGCCCGACGUUAGUUUGCACUGAUUUGGCUGCAAGAGGGUUGGAUUUGGACGUCGACCAUGUCAUCAUGUUUGAUUUUCCCUCGAAUUCGAUUGAUUACCUCCACCGAACCGGAAGGACUGCUCGAAUGGGCGCAAAAGGGAAAGUUACGAGUUUGGUUGCUAAAAAGGACUCGAUUUUGGCCACCCGUAUCGAAGAGGCUUUGGCGAAGAACGAGAGCUUGGAGUCGAUCUCUUUAGACAGCAUCAAAAGGGAUAUCGCCCGAUCGCAUGUGAAUAAGCAGAAGGAACGAAGUGAUAAGAUCGUAAAAGUCUCGAGUCCGAAAAACAAGUCACAAAAAACAACCGAACCCCGCGGCAAAGCGGCGAUCUCAAAGAAAACUUCAUCUGCCAAAUCGACGAAAAUGCGAGCAACUCCCGACGCUAAGAAGAAAGCGAUUGGAGUUAUCAAGACGACGUCAAAGUCGUCGCGCUCCGGCGCUUCAAAAAGCUCGUCGUUUGGUGGCAGAAAACAAUCAGAAAGUCGAAGCUCGGGAGCUGUUAGAUCGAAACUUAACGUCGUUGGAUUCCGGGGCCGCAGCGCAGUAAAGUCCCGUUGAUCGAUCGCUCGAUGAUACAUUAUACGUACAUCGUAUCGAUCGUGUUAUUUAUAUUUUUUACCGUGUAAAAGCAUCGACUUAGCAUAUUUUUGCACCGUAAAUUACAAAAAAUCACGAAAAAGAUACAUUUCCUACGGUCGUAAAGUCGAGAGCGUUAGCGAUCAUCACUUCCAUGGAAGCGCCGGCAGGGCUGUCCGAUUGCUCGACCCCGGACCAACGACGUUCCCGGCGGAAUCGUAGAUGAUGACACCUGAAAAAUCGGGGAGCUGGCACUUACCUCCCAUGAGUAUGUUCUUCUUCCAAACCGGGUUUCCUUCACCGCUGUAAGUGAUCGGGUCGACGUCCUCUCCGAAUGGGUAACCGAUGAUAGUGUCAUCGGAAUUGAGUUCGAUGACGGGUUCCUGGGUCCCGUAGCCGUCGUAGCACGCUUUCCAUCGACGCCAGCGGCGGGAGUGGCUGGCGCACAUGAAGAGGGCGAAUCCCGACAGGAGGAGGGUCCCGACGAUGACGGCGGCGCUGGCGCCGGAGAAAGGAAGUGGGCGGUGGUUGAAGAAGAGGAUGUCUCUUGCCAUGAGGUGAUGAUGUUGGAGGAGAGUUGAGAGUGUGGUGUUUAUAGGGAUGGUUUUGUAUGUGAUGGAUUUGUUGUUUGGUUCUUUAGUGUUUUUGGUGGGUCUUUGUGGAUUCAGUUGAUUUUUAGUUGGUUAUGGUUGGUUACAGGUUACUUGACCUUCUUGUAUAAAAUUUUGGGUUAGAUCUUAGUCAUCAAUUUAAUAAAGUUAUUUAUAAACUC